GCAGCCUGUUUGGUACAUCAGAGACAAGUAACACCUGAAGAAGAACCCUGUAAAUCAUUUUCCUUGGUUGGAUUGGACACAAGAAGGUCUACAGGAAUGGAGAACGGAACGGUCCUCAGUGUCAUGUUUCUGACACUGUCCUGGGCAUUUAUGGGCGCCUACGCUCAGACUACCAUGACAACAGCAUCACAAAGUAUGACCCAUGCCAACAUGACAACAGCAUCAGAAAGUAUGACCCAUGCCAACAUGACAACAGCAUCACAAAGUGUGACCCAUGCCAACAUGACAACAGCAUCAGAAAGUAUGACCCAUGCCAACAUGACAACAACAUCAGAAAGUAUGACCCAUGCCAACAUGACAACAACAUCAGAAAGUAUGACCCAUGGCAACAUGACAACAGCAUCAGAAAGUAUGACCCAUGCCAACAUGACAACAGCAUCAGAAACAACCCACGCCAACAUGACAACAGCAUCAGAAACAACCCACGCCAACAUGACAACAGCAUCAGAAACAACCCAUGCCAACAUGACAACAGCAUCAGAAAAUAUGACCCAUGCCAACAUGACAACAGCAUCAGAAAAUAUGACCCAUGCCAACAUGACAACAGCAUCAGAAAAUAUGACCCAUGCCAACAUGACAACAGCAUCAGAAAAUAUGACCCAUGCCAACAUGACAACAGCAUCAGAAAAUAUGACCCAUGCCAACAUGACAACAGCAUCAGGAACAACCCAUGGCAACAUGACAACAGCAUCAGAAAGUAUGACCCAUGCCAACAUGACAACAGCAUCAGAAAAUAUGACCCAUGCCAACAUGACAACAGCAUCAGAAACAACCCAUGCCAACAUGACAACAGCUGCAACGGCAGCUCCCCCAGUAUCACCAAACAACACCGUGGUACCUCUUGAGACAACUAUUUCUCGGACUGGUUGCGGAUCUCAGCAACUCUGUGCUGGUGAGCCGGUCCAGUGUGACCCUUCCACCUCGCCAGGAUCAUGUUUCUUUCUCGGAGCAAGGCAAAUAAGUGGUCGAAACUUUGAGUUUGGGCUCGCGGGAGAGUCAGAGGGAUACAUUUCUGCCUCCUUAGCCACCGGCAGUACAACGGGUGUGAACGUCACCACCUAUGUCUGUGCAAACAAUGGAGGAACCGUUCGCUUUUUUGGCGCUCUCCUUAACAACGACAAUCUGGUUAAGACAACGCUCCCAGCGAACUCUGUGAAGGGCAGCGUAAACGGCACCCAAAUCCAGUGCACAUUUGUCGCCACAGUGCCGGACGCAACAACAAGAACCGAGAACCGUUUUUCACUUUCUGUCGCCACAGGAGCGUACAACCGAACUUCUGAGGAAUUGGGAAGCCCCACCCCAAAAAUCAGAACUGCUCAGGUGGACUUGGCAAAGCCUAACACCACCGUUGCCAAUCAGCUUUCCUCGCCCAGUCUACCGCCUUCAAGGACAGGAUGCGGCUCCGAUAAACUCUGCGCAUCCGAGCCGUCUGAUUGCGACCCCUCUGCAUCGGGAUCGUGUCUCUUCUUUUCCUCCAAGAACGAGAGCGGUCAGACCUUUAAAUUCGAGCUCUCUGGCCAGUCAAGCGGCUUUCUUGCUGCCUCCCUGUCGAACGACACCAAGCUGGGUGGCAAUGACACAACGUACGUCUGUGCGAACAACAAUGGCUCCUUUUUGUUUGUCUCUGGCAUCUUCAACAAUGGCAGCUUUACUAAAGACUCGAGGAACAUCACCAACAGCGGGAUCAUAAAUGGAAGCACCAUCCACUGUACGUUCACGGCCGAAGAGAGCGAUUCAAGCGUCGCUGCUCGAGUCACGGCUCGAGCAGUGUUCCGGUCAAUCAUCCUCUCCAAUGGAACUUUCAAUGCCAGUGAUCAGACCGUGGGCGAAUUCCUCGUCCAGUUCCGUUCCUCCAUCGUAGACCUGGCAAAUCCCAACGCCACCGUCACAAAUUUGGAGAACACCUCCACUAACCAUGCGGUCACACACCAGCAGUCACUCCUGCAAGUUCUGCUGAGCACUGUGGGCGUCCUGGUUCUCACCAUGGGGGGAAGAAACUGAUUUCCAAACAUCAAAAAACAUCUUUAACCAUACACAUGAGCUACUGAAUGUAAAUGUUUAACACCCAAAGAAGAGAUUGACCUGCGUGGUUGGUGUGGUUCGCUCUGAUUCCCCCUGACAGGAAGCAGACGGUUAACUGAGCAGUUCACUGCCAUGCGUAUGUCAUUAUUUAACUCAGUGACAGGCAAAUUUCUGUUUGCUACAUGUAUAUCUUUAAAAUAUCUAAACGUGGAAUUAAAAAUGAACACGGAAAAAGAUGCAUCCUUGCAUAAAAAAAUAUAUUAUAUUUGUUUGUGUUUUUCACCAGCAUGUGUAAUUGUCUACACACAUUUAAGGUAACAAGGUCUGGUUAUCUUUAAAGCCCACAUAAAAAUAUAUCUUCAUACAUAUUUUAGUAAGUGGAUCAUUUGGUACUUUCCAUGUUUGUCAUAUUAAUUAAUAUAAGCUUUCCGAUUUGUUUUGUUUUUGUUUAUUUGAGUUACAGACAAAAUAAACAUUGAAAUGUCGCUGACAUUGAUGCUGUUUGUAGAAGGUAUUUCUAUGUUCUUGAUAUGUAUGGUUGCUAAGUUAUGUUGUGAUAUUUUAUUUGUGAGUUCUGAAAAUAUGAAGCCUUCGCUGGCGGAUUUCUCCUCGUCUUUGUUUGUGUGAGUCCUGACUAAUGUAUGAAACCAAAAUAGAUUUUUGCACCUUGCAGGUUCUAAUAACUGAGCUUUUAUUGUAUUUUUGGAAUAAAGAUGUAUUUUGAAAUAAAUAUUUAAUAAACUCUAAGACUACUAAG